GCGGAUGGCGGGCGGAUGGCGGGCGGGGGGGGGGCGCUGAGGCGCCGCGGCCUAGCGCGGGGGGCGGGCGGGAGGCGGGAGGCCGGGCCGGGGAGGGGCCUGGGCCUGGGCCUGGGCCUGGGCCUGGGCCUGUGCCUGUGGCGGGGCUGCCGGGCUCCGGCCCGUUGCGGGCUGGGCGCUUUGUGCGCGGCCUCGCGGGAAGGCCGCGGCUGGGCCUCGCCGCACCGGGGUGGUGUUGAAGCGCCCCCAGGCUCUGCGUCCUGGGCUCCCUCACCAACCAAACGCAAGGAUAGGUCUGAAGAGAAAUCAAAGGACCGAUCAAAGGACAAAGGAGCCACGAAGGAAUCGGGUGAAAAGGAUCGUGGUCGGGACAAGACACGCAAAAGACGUAGUGCUUCCAGCGGGAGCAGCAGUACCAGGUCCCGUUCCAGCUCAACUUCCAGCUCAGGGUCCAGUUCCAGCACUGGUUCUAGCAGUGGCUCAAGCUCCUCUUCUGCCUCGAGUCGCUCUGGGAGCUCCAGCACCUCGCGCAGUUCCAGUUCCAGCAGCUCUUCUGGAUCCCCCAGCCCAUCUCGACGGAGACACGACAACAGGAGACGUUCCCGUUCCAAGUCCAAGCCACCCAAGAGAGAUGAAAAGGAGCGGAAGAGGCGCAGCCCAUCACCCAGACCCACAAAAGUACACGUUGGAAGGCUCACUAGGAAUGUGACCAAGGAUCACAUCAUGGAAAUAUUUUCCACUUAUGGAAAGAUUAAAAUGAUUGACAUGCCAGUUGACAGGCUAAAUCCACACCUCUCUAAAGGUUACGCUUACGUUGAGUUUGAGAACCCAGAUGAUGCUGAGAAAGCCCUGAAACACAUGGAUGGAGGCCAGAUCGAUGGGCAGGAGAUCACCGCCACGGCUGUGCUGGCGCCACGUCCUAGACCCCCUCCCAGACGCUUCAGCCCACCCAGGAGGAUGCUGCCACCACCACCCAUGUGGCGUAGGUCACCGCCUCGCAUGAGGAGAAGGUCCCGAUCUCCUAGGCGCAGAUCCCCUGUCCGCCGGCGAUCAAGAUCCAGAUCUCCUGGACGAAGGCGCCACCGCAGCCGCUCCAGCUCAAACUCUUCACGAUAAAGCAAAAAGACUGGACAGCUUUUUAUUUUUUAACUUAAAUCCCAUGUAACUAAAUAUUGUACCUUUUUUUAUAAUGGGUCUGGGUGAGGAGGGGGUAGAGGGGGAGAGAGAAAGAGAGAGAGAAUCCUGGCAGUGAAAGCAAUCUAAGAGGAGAAAUUUCCAGUUCCUGGCCAUUAGAUAGCCUCUGCUGUGGGGCUUCUAGUUUCUUGGCAUUGAUUGAAAUUAUUUCAAACAAAAGGCUUUGAUUUUUUUAAAGGCUACAAAAACAGCAUCUCCCAGCUAAAUGGGUGGGAAGAUGUUGUAGCUUCUCUUUCUCCAGUUUAGCAGGCUGCUGCUUGAUGAUUUCCAAACGCUUAGCACGCUGUACAGACGAGCAUGUAAAUCUUGAGCUAUUUUGGAAACCCUAUAGAGUUAGGACAGGGAGGCGUUCAUCACUAGGAUUUUCAGAGCAGCUGAAAAGUGCAGAUAACCGAAUCUGCCCGAGGCUUCAGUACCGAGCUGUUGCUUUGCUCGGGUGCUGAGGCGCCGAGUUCCUGCGCACCGAGCUCCCCUGCGAAGCCACUGCCAGGGGAACGCUGCGGACACGGUGCAGCCUGGUGAGGUGGGUGCUGCAGGAAAGAAGCUGGAAGCCCUUAGCGCAGGUUUGGAGCUGCUGCCCUGAGGGAUCCCUGCCGCCUUGCCUGGAGGUUUGGGGUGAGAGUUUCCCAUCCAGCCCCCGGGGAGCGGGGGCACCUCCAAGUCUCUGGGGGCUGCGCCGCUGCCCGGAGAGGCGCGGGACUCGCCGCCUCUUGUACAGUCGCUCCUAUGACGUUGCUGGUUUGUUCCGUUCCUGUUUCUGUCGUUGUUUUGUACGGUUUGUAGCGUUUGUAGCGGGGCGGGACGCGCCCAAUAAAGCCGCAGGGCUCCGA